UUCAGAAUCAUGGGUCCCACAGGGACUGGGAAAUCGUCGUUCAUUGCGCGACUCACUGGUGACAAAUCUAUUGAAAUUGGCCAUGGCGUUGAAUCUGCAACGUCCGAGAUCGGACACUACAACUACUUCGACAAAAGCGGCCGUUCCGUGACAUUGAUCGACUCUCCUGGGUUUGAUGAUUCUCGCGAAGGGCACACAGACACUGAUAUCCUGAAAAAAAUUGCAGGCUUCUUGGAAAUGACGUUCAAAGAGGACAAGAAGCUUAGUGGCAUCAUAUAUCUUCAUCGGAUUACUGAUCCCAAGAUGGGAGGCGUUUCACUUCGUAACCUGAGGAUGUUCCGAAAGCUCUGUGGUGAAGAUGCUCUGGAGAACGUCGUCGUUGUGACUACACGGUGGGACGACGUCUCCGAGAAGGACAGAGAGACGAUGGAAAAACGGGAAGAUGAGCUAAUGAAGACCCCAGGCAAAUUCUUCGAGCCACUCAUUGAUAAGGGUGGUAAAUUUCUUCGCCACGACAAUACGGAGGGAUCCGCUCGAAGGAUUGUAGAGACGUUUUUAAAGAAAAGCCCCGUCGCCCUUCAAAUCCAGCUUGAGAUGCGCGACGGAAAGACGCUCGAGGAGACGGCGGCUGGUUCUGAACUUGCGGCAGAGCUAAAGAAGCUUGUGGAUAAGCAUAGCAAAGAGAUGAAGGACUUAAAAGAGGAGAUG